AUGCAACUCCACGAUGCUUCCAUCACCUCCGGGUCGACUAACGGACACCACUUCCGCUUCUUAGACCUCGCUGCAGAACUUCGGAACCGCAUCUAUGAGUACGCUGCCGAGGCACCGCCGCGCAACAUCAUACUCAAGCCUGGCAACGGACCCACUAUCAGUCUCACCCAAGUCUGCCGACAGAUUCGCGAUGAAUUCAGGAAGAUCUACAUGCAAAAUGUCCCCUUCACAGUCAAAGACAAAGACAUCAAGAGGUUCACGAACGCGUUCUUUGCGUGGGGUCAUACGAACCAGCGGGAACUCGAUGGGCAACGCCCCACGCGCGUCAUUUAUCUCUAUCCACCGACCACAAACGUGGACAUACUACCUCUCCUAGAAGUCAAGAUAGCGUUCCCGAAAACCGAGAUCACCGUCAUCCCCGGUCCUGCGGACGAAGAGCAUUUCUAUCCCCCAUCUCUGAACUCUGCUGUCAGGAAGAUUGUAGAUCCUACUUGUGGUACAAGCCGGGUCAUGUACCCCACGGUGUGGAUAUGA